UAUCUAGAUGCUAUUCUAAAUGAAAUGGUUCAUCUCCUCUUGCAAAUACUGCUAAUUAGCAAGAUCGAAUAGUGUGAAAAAGAUAGAGAAGAGAGUGGUAGACAGCAUCAUUGAUCCAAAGGUACUAAGGGGCCAGCAUGCAAACUCCCUCCUCUCCAUCAUUUACAGGUGUCGAUCAAUUUUAUUCAUCUCGAGUGCUCCAGCUCUUUCAUGUUCCAAACGCUCGAAAAUGUUAGUACGCCGCCGCUACCACCGCCACUGGACAUAAGAGCAGCAGCGUGUGCUAUCUUUUGUUGUUCAGUGCGGAAACUUCUGCAAAGCAACUUUCCCAGGGUCGAGGAAGAGGAUUUAUACCCCACCCCGACUGGAGACUCGUGGGAUAUCACAUGACAUUCGUGACCGGGAUGCCGAGACGUCUGAUGUGGGAAAGGAAGGAGUUUGGCGUUGGGAUGGCACUGCCUGAGGUCCUCUGAUCCAUCCCAGAAAACCUGGACGGGAUGUAAAUUUCGUGAUGUCGUGAAUUAGGCCGAUGUCUGAGCCGUCAUAGUCAGACCGUUUGACACCGUCUGAGAAACUUCGAUGGACAGAUAGAUAAAGGGACCGACGUAAAUUCUGCGACGUCGUGGAUCAGGCUGGUGUCUGAAUCGCUCUACUCACCCUGCCAUGCCACUGUCUGAAGUGCUCUAAUGCGUCGCGGAAAGACUGAACGGGAUGUAAAU